UAACAUGUGAAGGGUGUUCUCAUCUAAAACGUGUACCUAGAUGCCCAAGAAAUGCUUAUGACUGGUACAUACAUUCACUAGCAGAGUGUACUUUCAGCGAUCGGUAUCACUGUUUGAUAACAGAAAAUUUUCCCCGUGAUUCUCUUAUAGAAUGUUGUAUGUCAGCACAAAACAUUAGCAAAGGAUACAUGCCAAUAUUUAAUGUAACAAAAUACAAAUUACAGGAAAUUGAAUGCGAGUCUGACUACUUCAUGCCAUUUAUUUAUCCAUCCAACAAAUACAGAGAAUAUGGUCCAGAGCAUUGCAAAUUUAAAAGGAGCAGUUGUAAUAUGAAAGGAAUGAAAGUGUGUAACCAUGGAAGUGCGAUAGAAGACAGAACUUGCUAUUGUGAUUUUACAGACAAUUAUGUUCCGAAAUAUUCAAUGAGUGCAUGUUUUAAAGCGAACGACAACUACUGCACACUGACGUCCAUGUGUAAUGCUUUCAAUUACAAGCUCGAGUUUCUCUAUCCUACAGAAAUUCAUUGCAUACAGAAAGAAAAUUUUACAACAACGCAAUCUUUCCUACGUCUUGAUGGAAAUGAAAACACAGUUAACAUGGAGCGGUUGUUUCUAAUUUUCACGUCAAGUUUGUGUAUCAUUCAGUUUACCAUUAUUUGUUAUUAUAUUGUCCGAAAAAGACUGAUGAAAAAGAAAAAAACAGUGGCCGUUGUAAGCUUUCGUGACCGUCGAAAUACCGGGAUAACCGUACCAGGAGACAUUUACGCAGAAAUCGAUUUAGAAAUGGAAACAAACAUUGAUAUCGUUACCCACAAUACCCAAAUGAGAAAUAACCCCGACCAGAUGAAGUUAAAACGGAAUUCAUCAGGUCAUAUGAUUUCCGAACAACCUGAAACAGAUGUUAAAGACACUAUAGCAGAAGCACUGGGGGGUCAUACAAUUCCAGACAAUGAAAGUGCUUCUUCACAGGAGAACGAGGGCAGUGAGGAUGUUAAUUGUGAAUCAGAAUACGUAAAUCCGUAUCAACCACUUCAGAUAAAUGAUUUAAAUAAGGUGGAAAAUCCGUAUACCGAAACACAAACUGCUAUUUCAACAAAUGAAAAAGAGAACAAGCCUAUGAACGAUGAUGAUGUUUAUUUGAGCUAGUUAAUGGGUAAUGCUAUUUUCUCGUUAUUUGAACAUUCGUACGAUGACACAUAUACAGACUGUUAUGAAAACAUUACACUGAUAUUUUGGAUGGAUCGAAUGGGCUUAACUUCUACCAAUCUGUACUUCAGCUAAGACAAGACAAACACUCUAACAUAAACCUUUCAUUAUAUCUUAUCCUUGAAUUUCAAAUAUUUUGGCAUUGAGCUUCAGUGAAGAGACAUUUAUUGUCGAAAUACACAUCUUGUGCAGAAAAAUUUGUACCUUCAAUGUUAUGAUAUUUUUUUUCCUAACUGCUUGAUCCUUUGCUUUAGCUCAUGGACAUACAAAUGCCAGACUUGAAACAACACUGCAAUAACACGAAAUAAAUAUAUGAAGCAUUCAAAGAAACAAAAAGUGAGUAAUGCUGACCCUUACUAAUCUUUUGAUCUAACAAUUAGAAAUGAAACAAAAAUUGUUUUAUAGCUCAUUUCAUUUUAAAAUUUUAAGAUUUUAAAUGAAAUCGAAUCGAAAGUAUUUUCCAACCGGUUAUGCAUUUUUGGUAAGUUUUGUUUAAACUUUAUGCUAUUGUGCAACCGAAGCUGCAAUACCAAUUCAGUGCUCAUUAUGUUAAAGUUGCAUUAGCUGUCAAAUUCAUGUACAUCGAUUUGACUCAAAUUCUCAGAUUAAAUUCAUAACAUACUAAAACGUAUAUCCAAAUUACAAAAACUCCAAAAGGACCAAUUUACGAUGAAUGGACUCGUUAUAAUGGAUCAGCAUUUUGUGUGUGUUUAUUCACUCAUCAGAGAUUAAAAUUAAUUGUGUACACAAAACGCACGUUUCGUCCACAAAAGACUCAUCAGUGACGCUCGAAUAAAAAAGUUAAAAAGGCAAAAGAAAGUACAGAGUUGAAGAGCAUUAAGGACCCAAAUUCGGAAAAGUUUUGCCAAAUACAGGUAUGGUAAUCUAUUCCUGAGGAAGAAAAAUUCAUAGUAUGUAAAUCAUCGUUUUACCUGAAUAAGAACUAGUUUGUUUGA